GUUGCUGAACCAAUAAGAAGGCGCCACGUAUCGACACACCAUGCGGUGAACCCCACCAGAACGCACCCGCAUCUCUCUCUUCUCCCUCUACUUCCUCCCGAUUCAAAGAUCUGCAACUCUCUCCCUCCCUCUCUUUCCCUCUCUCUCGCAUGAAUUUUUUCUCUGCGUUGCCAUGACGGAACCAACGGAGCCAUGCACGUCUUCUUCGUUGGCGAGGGACUCUAGCACCGUGAUUCACCCAAGGCGGGAGCCCUUUGAGCACGGCCUCUUGCCAAUCCCACGCCUCAUCUUCUCCGACCCCGCGCAAACCCUAAUUCCGUUGAAGCGGAAGCUUCUAGAGUUAUCCUCCAACCAUCGAGUAGGCUCGGCGGCCAUCUCCGAGGCAUUGCAGAUCUCCGUUGAGCACGCCAGACUCGUCCUCGAUACGCUCGCCUCGAUUCUGCCCUCCGACUCCGAACCUCUUGUCGCCGCAAAACUCGGCGAAGCCGAUUCCGUCGGCGUCGACGUGCAUGAUCUGGUACUUUUUCUCUACAUUCAAUCCUUCAAGAGGCUCCUCCCGCGGACGCACAAGGACUCUGCUGCCGUCGUCGAUGUCUGGCCUUCCACUUCCGCUUUCGAUGGCUACUUGUCCGCCCUCUCGCCGCUUCAGCUUGUUCGUAGCAACAGUCGGCGGUUUUUGCCAUCUCAGACUGAUGAAGAGGCGCAUCAAUUGUCAUAUCUGCAAAAACACUUGGCUAACAUUCUGUCUCUUCUAGCAGAGCCUGUGGAUGGAGAAGGCGAAGAAUCUCUGGUUUUAACCAUGGAUAGUUUUGAGCACCUUGGGUUUCUAAUUCAGUUUGGUGACAAGGGAUCUGAAGGAAAUUCUUUCAGUCAAUUUUCUCCCUUUUUUGCAAAUUCAGACCCUGACAUGCCUGCUGUUCCUGUUCCUGCUGCUCAAGUUCAUGAUUGGCUUCAACAAAACAUUGUUGCUGCUUUGGAAUAUAUUUCUGAACGGACUUCUUCUAAGGAAAAUGGGCCAGCUUCUCCUUCUGAUCACGAUGUUGCUAUGACUGAUGCAUCCAGUGCCUCAGUUAAUAAGGCCUCAACCAGUACCAGAGGUGCAAGUUUCAUUGAAGGGAUUUCAAAAUCAUCAUAUAUGAAGCAUGCACCUGACAUUAAAGGUUCUAAUGUUAAGGUUCUAAAUUGCCACGAGUCUGCCAUAUACAUCUUAGCACCUUUGAGAUAUGCUACUGUCUAUGGGUGUUCAGAUGCAACAAUAGUUCUGGGAGCAGUAGGCAAGGCUGUCAGAGUGGAACAUUGUGAAAGAGUUCAUGUAAUCGUAGCAGCAAAACACAUUUGUAUUGCUAAUUGUCGGGAAUGUGUUUUCUUUUUGGGAGUGAACCAGCAACCUCUUAUUGUUGGUGAUAACCAUAAACUGCAGGUGGCUCCCUAUAAUACUUUUUAUUCCCAAUUGGAGGAGCAUAUGGACGAAGUUGGAAUUGUGCCCACAGUUAACCGAUGGGAUGAGCCUCUAGCAUUGGGCAUGGUUGAUCCGCAUGAUUCAUUGUCUCAUCCAGCUGGUGUCUCUGAUGUUCAAGCUGAGUCUGCUAUGCGGGUGGACCCAGAUCAGUUCACUUAUUUUGUGAUUCCCAACUGGUUUGGAGGAGAGUCCACUGGGGCUACAAAAGGCAACCCAUUCACGUUACCAGAUGCUUAUAUGGCAUCUCAGAAUAAAAAUCAAAAAAAUUUAGAGGAGAUAAGGCAGCUCUUACGAGAAGCACCUUUAGAAGAAAGUCGCAAACGAGAAUUGUCAUCUGCUCUCCAUGUCUACUUCAGGGACUGGUUAUAUGCUUCCGGAAACAUUCGUCAGCUUUAUUUUCUACAAGGCGAUUAAUCUUUGUCAGACAAUGCAAUGGCACAGUUAAUGGUACAGGAACGAGGUUUCUGGUUUCCUUUUUGCACUUCCUCUUCUAUUCCCCUUGCCAAUUCUAUUGGCGGCAUAGGUAGCUGAGUUCAGACGAGGUGAAUUAGAGUGACGCCUAUUUAUGCCGUGGCAUCAGCGGUGCGUAGAAUCGAUGAAAAAUACAGUUGCUAAUCUCAUUGUAAUAUUUUUUUGGUUGUGAAAAUAAUUUACUGUAAUAUUUUGUUAGCCUAAAUUAAUGGCGCGUUUCCGAAAAUUCCAGCGGCGAACAUCUAGUGUACUAUCAAUCUCCCAACUUCGAUUUUGGUUUACUUG